AUGACCGAACCAACAAAACUCAUAUAUCAACAUGAUGGAGAAAAGCUUCUUCAUCCCUCCAGGAUCAUUUCAAUCGUCCCAUUGCCAGAACUCCCGGUAGCGGACCAAGCACUUGCAAAGGACUCAUCAGAAAUAGAGCAUGCAGUGAUCACAGAUUCUACCAUCUUCUACGUUCAAGGCGGCGGCCAACCCGCUGAUAUCGGAACCAUGAAUUCCGACGCAGCCACAAAGGCAGACUCUGUUUUCGAAGUCAAGUCAGUCCGUCAGCCAGCGCAGGGUAGUCAAGUUCUCCAUCUGGGCCGCUUCAUUCCUUCCGGGGCCAUCGGGUUCAAUGCUGGGGAAGAAGUUCAACAGAGCGUUGAUUCCGAAAUCCGGAGCCUGCACUCUCGUCUCCAUACCGCCGGGCAUAUAAUGAGUCUGGCAAUCCACGCACUGUGCCGCGAGGGCAUUAUUCCCGCGCUGAAAGAGUCGAAAGCAUCACACUAUCCCGACUCUGCAAGCGUUGUAUUCGAGGGGACAAUCGAGGGAAAGCACAAAGAUGCCAUUCAAGCGAAGACAGAUGAGUUUGUGCGAUCGGCUACUCCUGUCAAGAUUCACUGGUGGUCGAUGGAAGAGCUACGGGAGAAGUGCUACGGUGUUACAGAAGCAUUUGAGUUGCCGGAAGGUGAGGUGAUGGGUAGAGUCGUUGAGAUGGAGGGCCUGGGAAGUUAUCCCUGUGGUGGAACUCACGUCCAGGAUUGCAGUAAAGUGGGGAAAAUUGUGGUGAAGAAGAUAUCGCGUUCCAAGGGAACAAGCAGGGUUUCAUACACUGUAGAAUAG